GAAAAACUCUCUGGCAGCACUGGCAUUUGAUUUCCAGUUAUCAACCAUAUGAUUUUUCCAAUUCAUUGUGGCAGCUGAAAAUGGAAAGGUAUUUUUGAAAUUUGUGCCUUAUCAAUAAAACAGGUGACGUUUCAUUAGCAGUAAUACUCGAUUAGUUAGUGAAUAUAAACGUGCGUUGGUAGCGUUUUCAUGUUUUUAACAAGUAGUUGCAAAUAAUUAUCAAUAGCUCACUUAUCGCAAAGUACUCGUUGAUUAGUUUUUAUAAAAAACCGCAAUUUUACUAGUUUCUGCGUUAAAAUAUAUUUAAUAAUGAGUGAGGAAUCGUUAAAGAAAAAGCAGAAAACGUGCCUUCAAGUUGCAACAAAUGUUUCGGAGCAAAAGCACAACGUAACCCGAGAAAUAAGGGGUAAUAGCCUAGGCUUAUGUCGCGGUUUCCGUGGAUGUACCAUAUGGCUAACCGGCCUAAGCGGAGCUGGAAAAACAUCUAUUGCAUUUGAAUUAGAAGCCUUCCUCGUAUUACAUGGCAUACCAGCGUAUGGCCUUGAUGGUGACAACAUACGUACAGGAUUAAAUAAAAAUUUAGGCUUCACACCAGCUGAUCGUCAAGAAAACAUUCGGAGAGUGGGUGAGGUAGCAAAGUUAUUUGCUGACAGCGGUGUCAUCGCUAUAUGCAGCUUUGUUUCGCCAUUUGCUGAAGAUCGCGAAUUAGUGAGGAAAAUUCAUAAAGAUGCUGAGUUGCGGUUUUAUGAAGUGUUUGUGGAUACACCGCUGUCAAUAUGUGAAUCGCGUGAUGUUAAAGGCCUUUACAAAAAAGCGCGUGAAGGUGUUAUUAAGGGAUUUACUGGCAUAACACAAGAUUAUGAAAAGCCGGAAAAUCCUGAACUUAUUAUCAAUACUGAUGGUUAUACCAUUAAAGAGUCUACUCAAUUAGUUAUUAAUCUUUUGCAAGAAGAAGGAAUCAUUUUGAAAAAUCAUGUAAAUUCCAGUGAAAUUACGGAACUUUUUGUAGAGCCAAAAUUAAAAGAAUCGUUGCUACAUGAAGCUGAAUCAUUACAUUCGAUUCCAUUAACAGAAGUAGAUUUGCAAUGGGUGCAAGUAUUAUCCGAAGGCUGGGCGAGUCCACUUAAAGGGUUCAUGAGAGAAGAUAUAUUUUUGCAAACAAUUCAUUUCAAUUCAAUCGCUGUUGAUGGUGACUCAGCUCGUAAGAAUCAGUCAGUACCAAUCGUUUUAUCAGUAGCUACGGAUACUAAAAAUAAACUGGACGGCGUAUCUUCUGUUGCGCUUACUUUUAAUAAUAAACCAAUAGCUAUCUUACGCAAGCCCGAAUUUUAUUAUCAACGCAAGGAAGAACGAGUAUCUCGUCAAUUUGGCACAAGUCAUGAAGGACAUCCGUAUAUAAAGAUCAUUGCAAACGGUGGAGAUUAUCUAGUUGGUGGCGAGUUAGAAGUAUUUGAGCGUAUACGUUGGAAUGAUGGCUUGGAUCAAUAUAGGCUAACACCUAACGAAUUAAGGCAGAAAUUCAAAGACUUAGGCGCAGAUGCAAUCUUUGCAUUUCAAUUAAGAAAUCCUAUACACAAUGGACAUGCGCUACUCAUGCAAGACACAAAACGUCAGUUAAUUGAGCGGGGAUUUAAAAAACCAGUUUUAUUGCUCCAUCCACUGGGUGGUUGGACAAAAGAUGACGACGUGCCGUUGCCAGUGAGAAUAGCUCAACAUCAAGCAGUUUUAGAUUCUGGCGCAUUAAAAGCAGAGGAUACCGUAUUAGCCAUUUUUCCUUCUCCAAUGAUGUAUGCUGGCCCGACUGAAGUACAAUGGCAUGCCAAAGCUAGAAUGAAUGCUGGCGCAAACUUUUACAUAGUUGGCCGUGAUCCAGCAGGUGUACCGCAUCCCAAUAAAGAGCUUUAUCCAGAUGGUAAUCUAUUUGAUGCUACACAUGGUGCACGUGUGCUAAAAAUGGCACCUGGUCUGGAUGCCAUAGAAAUACUGCCGUUCCGUGUUGCUGCAUAUGACAAGAGCAAUUCAUGUAUGGCAUUUUUCGAUCCAACGCGAAAGGAAGAUUUCGAAUUUAUAUCUGGCACUAAAAUGCGUACGUUGGCGAAAACUGGACAAUCGCCGCCAAAUGGAUUUAUGGUGCCGGCAGCAUGGAAAAUCUUAUCGGAGUACUAUCAGACACUAUCCGGACAGUAGAGAACGUUUAUUAGAUAUUGAAAAUAUUUAAAAAAUAACGCAAAUGCACUGUACUAAUUACGGUGUGAAUUAUAUAUUUAUGUAUUUAAUUUACUUUAAUAAUUUCUUAGGCAAAUACUUAAUUUACAUACAUGUAUGUAUACGUUAAUAUGUAUUUUUUUGUGCAAAUUUACUUUUAAUUUUGAUAGCAAAUAUUUACGGCAGCUAAUUUAUUCGAUUUUAAAUCAUUUAGCUUACAAAGUGAAUAUUUAAAUUACAAAAUUUAUAGACAAAAUUGUUAAAAAAAAAACAUUUUUUCAGUGGCAAAUGUCAAUGUAUUGUAUGUAUGUUAUUGCAUAUAGGGAAAUCUGCAAUAGAAUAAUCUGUUCAACAGAAAUAUCUUCUUUAGCUAGUUUAGCUCUUUUCAUUUUUUUUUUUUUGUACAUUUGUUUAUAUAUAUACGCAUGUACAUGCACAGAUUUGCAUUAUAAUUUUAAGUAAAAAGUUCAACCUAGAUUAUGCGUUAGGAAAUAUUCUAUUUUACAAACUUUUUCCAUUUUUAUGUUUUAAUUAUUUAUGUACGCUUGUGUUAAUAAACCUUUCAACAUAUGCUUACAAAUAACAAGUUUUUUGCUUAAAGUUUACAUGGGUUAUGUAUGUACGUAUGUAUGUACGCAUGUAUGUGUGAAUGUAUGUAUGGAGGAUGUAUGUAUGCACGUAGUUCUUGCCUCUGUCAAUAAAAUAAGUCAAACGAUUAAACCGGUUUUUUGUUAAAUUGUAUAUGCAUACAAACAUAUAUCUAUAUGUAUAUUCUGUAGAAGAAUGGUAGUCGCAAUCGCACUUUCUACAAAGAUUUCUCCACAAGAAGACCCAGUUAUGUAAUCAACACUUCUUAUGAGAUUUCUUUUAAUUCAGCAAGCAUAUCUUAAGCCGGUAAUUAUGUUUAUAACGGUAAUAAUUAAAUAUGUACGCUUCUAUUUGUACGUUGAGAAUGCUUUCUAUGUCAAAAUAUGUAUUUAUAUACAUACUAGUAUGUAUGUACACCACAUUCCGAUAUAAAAUGUACUAUUUAUUCUUAAAGCACAAUACAUUUACAUACUUACAGUAUAACACUAAGAAUUUCUAGGGCUACAUUUAACACUGCCGUAUAGCUUACAUAUUUUAAAUAAAGCAGAUAAUAUCAGUUACAU